AUGACAGAGUUUCCAGCGCAUUAUAUUCCUUUAGAUGACAUAGUGCAAGUUAUAAAGCAAAGAAGGAUGCAGACAGCUCAAGAAAAGUCUGAAGUACAAAUAGCUGACCAUAAAUCAAAGACCAUGGAAGGUCCAGCUCAUGCAAUGAUGAGGGGACUAUCUGUGAAGACAGACACUACAUUCUCUGAAGAAGAAGGAGCUCCUUUAGAGGAAGGGCAGAGAGCGCAGGUCCAGGAGCAUGCCCAAGAUGCCCUCUCCUAUGGUAAGGAUUCAUUGCAGAAAGAAAAUUCACAGCCAACCGCUUCUGGAAACUCAGACACGACACCUGGUUCCAAAGGGAAAGGAGAGACAUUCAGUGAGAAUGAGAAGGACCAUACGGAUGAGCUGAUGCUGAUUGAGCAGUGGGUUGACUUCAACUUCAACGAUAGCAACAGAAAAGAUGUUCGGUCAAACUCCAGGGUCCAAAACUCUAUCACGUGGAUUGUUCUGAUAGUCUUCACCAUCCAGAUUGUGGGCUUGAUAACAACUGUCUUUGUUUUUACAAUGGCUAAACCCCAUUUGCCGUCCUCCUCCUCCGUCACUGCCACCCCUUGUUGCCCACGUGGCUGGAUCACGACCCAAGGGAGCUGCUUUCACUUCUUGGAUCUGGAAGGGGCCUGGGAAGCCGGCCAACAGCACUGCUCCUCUCUUGGGGCCUCCUUGGCGGUGAUUGAUAACUUAGAGAAACUGAAUUCUGCAGUGCCUCACAAAGUAUCCUUCAACUACUGGGUGGGCCUUCUCAGAGAACCAGGAGAGAGCUGGAAAUGGCCUGACGGUACUGCCUUCAACAACUACUUUGAAGUGGAAGGAGAAGGGCCGUGUGCUUAUCUAAACAACAGAGUUGUGAGCAGCGCUAAUUGUUCCACUGAGAAGAAAUGGUUGUGCAGCCAGAGAGCAAGACAAGGAACCCCCGGCCAUUGCAAAGGAACGUGAACGCUUCAGGAAUGA